GACGCUGUCAAAAAAGCUUUUUGUUUGUCAUCAUUGUGCUGGUAGAUUUUCGAUAGUUUCGACGGUUUUUCAUAAAAUUUCCCGGAAAAAUGGCUCUAGCCGAUGUGUGCGGACUUCCCAGUGGAGGCCUAUUGUCCGGUGCCUCCAUGGGUCACCAAUUUUUCCAGCGAGAUAUCGCUCUCAACAGCCAAAACCUACACGACAGUUUCUCGCUUGCAGUUCCACCGUUCCAAGAUCCGGCCCAAAAUUUGGCCAAACUACAAGCCCAUGGCGAAUCCAGUGGAAUCAAGAUGGAGUUCGAUCACGGCACCACAACACUCGGUUUCCGUUUCCAGGGUGGUGUUAUCCUGGCCGUGGAUUCCCGUGCUACCGGCGGUCAGUUUAUUGGCUCACAGACGAUGAAGAAGAUUGUGGAGAUCAAUGAUUAUUUGCUGGGUACGCUGGCCGGAGGUGCCGCUGAUUGUGUGUACUGGGAUCGGGUGCUGGCAAAAGAGUGCCGUAUCUAUGAGCUGAGAAACAAGGAAAGAAUUUCGGUAGCGGCAGCUAGUAAAAUCAUGUCCAACAUUGUCUACUACUACAAGGGAAUGGGAUUGAGCAUGGGAAUGAUGCUGGCUGGUUAUGAUAAGAGGGGCCCACAACUGUACUACAUCGAUUCCGAAGGAACGCGUACUCCGGGUAAGGUGUUCUCAGUCGGCAGUGGUUCCAUCUACGCGUACGGUGUACUAGACUCCGGCUACCGAUGGGAAUUAACCGACGAGGAAGCCCAAGAUCUGGGUCGACGUGCGAUUUAUCAUGCUACUCAUCGUGAUGCCUAUUCUGGCGGCAUCGUGCGAGUGUAUCACAUCAAGCCGACCGGAUGGGUUAACAUUUCCAACCAGGACUGUAUGGAUCUGCACUUCAAGUAUCAGGAUGAGAAGCAGCAGAAGUUUGGCUCAUAAAUAGGUUUGCAUUAUUCGAUAACGUACACAUACUGCUAAUAAUUGGUAUUGUA